AUUAUUUUUACAUUAAAUUUAAUUAUUGCAUGUCUAUUAAAAAAUAAUUUAAAAAAUACUCUUUAGUUGUGAAAAUGUAUUUUUUUUUCUUUUGUCACAAUAAAAUAAGUUGACACUCAGAAAAGGACAUAAAAUUUUUUUCCCAAAAUAAUGGUGACUGAAAGAAGAAGGAAACAAAUUUUAUCUCUCGCCGAAGAAUGUUCUACAGAAAUUUUUCAAAUUGUCGAACAAUUUUUUAACAAAAAUUCAUCAUCACAAGAUUUGGGAAAUCUACACAAAGAACUGAAAGAUUAUGAAACUAAAAUUCAUCCAUCAAUUGUUCUUGAUGCAAUAAUUCGUGAUUCGAUACCAACUCUAGAAUUUUGUUUUUCAGUAACAAAUUUAAAUGUAAAUGACAUUGUUAAAGAAGAAAGUAGAACUCUUCUUACUUCAGCUAUUGGAUAUAAUCGUAAAGCAAUUGUUGAAUUUCUCUUAAAACUAGGAGCGGACAUUAAAAAAAAAGACGAUUUUGGAGAAACCCCACUACAAUGCGCCUUAGACAGAGGUAGAAUUGAAAUUGCAUUAUUUCUCACAUAUCAAAUUUAUAAUGUCCCUCUGAACGAUCCCAUGGAUUUGAUAAAAUUUCUCCUAAACAAAUUCGACGAUUAUUAUAUUUUUGAUCGAAACACAGGUUUAGGAUUUUCUUCAUUAUUAUUUUUUGCCUAUACAAUCGGUAAGGAGGCAUUUCAAAUGGUUUUAAGCGUUUCCCCAGUCGAUCACCUUUACGAUAAGCAUCCAUACUUUGAUGACACAAUGCUGAAUUUAAUAAUCACUUGGGGCAACAAAACAAUGUUAAAACUAGCAAUAGAACAUGGCGUCAAUUUGAAUUACGGUUCAAAUUUUUAUGAUAAACCAUUAUAUUUAGCAACAUUGUACAGCACAAAAAUGUUACCGAUUUUAGUAAAAAAUGGCGCUCGAUUUCAUUCCAUAACUGAUGAGAAUUUUCAACGUCAUCACGUAAUUCCUCUACGUGAUUUUGGAACUCGAAAAUAUCACAAAAUCAUUCAGACAAUGAAAAAAUUAGGUACUGAUUUCUAUGUAAAAUUUUUCCCCAACGAAAAUGAAUUAUAUGAUUUAUGUCGUUUUGCCGGCGAUGAUAAUUGUAAAAUAUUUUUACUCGCAUUGGAACGUGGUGUGAAUAUCAAUCAACUGAGUAAUGAUAAUUAUUGUCUAUUAAAAUUUGUACUAAAAGAUGAUCUUUUAGAGAGAUAUGAUAAAACGCCGAUAAUUCAAAUUUUAGUGGCAAUAAUUGUUAGAAUGAUGGAGAAUAAAGAAUUUGUUAGUUCGGAAAAUAUUGAAUGUUUAAGUGAUAAGAAAAUUUGGAGAUUUCACAAGAAUUGUAAGGAAGAAAUAGUGAAUUUAAGGAAACGGAAGAUUAUUAAAAAUGGAAGAAUUUCUUAUUAUGAUUUUCUCACCAAUGAUCUUGGAAAAUUGACCGCUUUUGCUAGAAAUGUGGAUAUUAGACAAGAAUUUCGAUUGAGAAAUUAUGAGAAAGAAUUUCCCAUUUAUGAGCAACAUUUGAAGAGAAAUUUUGAGAGAUCUUUAUGGAGAUUUAGAAAAAUGGAAAAAAUUUAUGAAAAUUUUAAAAAUGUCAAAUUUCCAUUGUUGAUUUUUGAAAAAAUUUGCGGUUACUUGAAUGAUGAAGAACUGAUAAAUUCGAAUUGUUACUUUCAACUAUUGACAGUAUAUCUUUUAGGAAAAAAAAUUAAAUUUAGUUCUUGACAAUCGCUUCUUACCGCUUUAGGACUUACAAUAGAACGCACAUUAAAAAUCGUAAAAUGUAAAUUUUUAUUUUUGCCUGAGAGAGAAAAGAAUAGAAACAUUAUUCGUCCUCUUCUAUUUCAUGUAAAGUUUACGAUCUACGUCUUACGAUUUUUAAUAUUUGCCUCAAUGAGAA